AUGGUGCUUACUCGGCUUCUAAGACGAUCAUUUACUCUUGCAGCAAGAGACGUCAAGCCUCUUCAUCCUUCUGACCCAAAGGCAAAAAUCCCAAUUUACGUGAACGGUGUGAGGACUUUUCCGCCAACAAUUGAUGAACAUGGCAGAAUUACGUAUUAUCAUGAAUUCCCUGAAGACUGGAAACCAUAUUCUAUGAACUAUGUAGGUCAUGGCUGGUUGAUUGUGACUCAAAUAUUCUUGUGGGCAUCUGUGUUCUUUUAUGAUCAGAAGAUUAAGAAUAUCACUGAAAAAGAAAGGGAAAUUUAA